UCCCAGCGGCCCCCGCGGCUUUCCAUUCGGCAAGAUGGUGGCGCGCAGGAGGAAGCGUGCGGCGCGGGACUCUCAGGAGGGCAUUCCGAGCCCGCCGGGCUACUCAGCCGUUCCGAUCAAGUUCUCUGAAAAGCAGCAGGCUUCUCAUUACCUCUAUAUGAGAGAGCACAGAGUUCGAGAAGGCACCAACUCUUCCUGGCCUCAGAAGCGGACUCUUUUUGUCCUCAAUGUGCCCCCAUACUGCACAACGGAGUGCCUGUCCCGCCUCCUGUCCCCCUGCGGCCCUGUGCAGUCAGUGGAGUUACAGGAGAAGCCGGACCUCACCGAGAGCCCAAAGGAGCCAAAGUCGAAGUUUUUUCACCUCAGGCCCAUUCCGGGGUUCCAGGUAGCUUAUGUGGUGUUCCAGAAGCCAAAUGGGGUGUCAGCCGCCUUAGCCCUGAAGGGCCCUUUGCUGGUCUCGACAGAGAGUCAUCCCGUGAAGAGCGGCGUUCACAAGUGGCUGAGCGACUACGCAGACUCCGUGCUGGACCCCGAGGCCCUGAGGGUUGAAGUGGACACGUUCAUGGAGGUGUAUGACAGGAAGAUCGCGGAGGAGGAGGCCAAGGCCAAGGAGGAGGAAGGGGUCCCCGACGAGGAGGGCUGGGUGAAGGUGACCCGCCGCAGCCGGCGGCCCGUGCUCCCCCGGACGGAGGCAGCCAGCCUGCGGGUGCUGGAGAGGGAGAAGCGGAAGCGCGCCCGCAAGGAGCUGCUCAAUUUCUAUGCCUGGCAGCACCGCGAGACCAAGAUGGAGCAUCUGGCACAGCUGCGCAAGAAGUUCGAGGAGGACAAGCAAAGGAUAGAACUGAUGCGGACCCAACGCAAGUUCCGUCCCUACUGAGCCAGCACGGAGAGGGUGGGGGUGGUGCUGGUGCGUGGCCAGUGAGGACAUGAGGACCUGGGAUGCCCACCAGACUGCCCAGGCCGAGCGGCUGCCCCAGGAAACAGCCGCAGAGAUCUGAGCCCACACGGGCCGGGCUGAAGGACAGUGUCACCCCUUGGUCCUUGUGCUUCAGCAGUCCUGGGCCCAGUCCUGGUGAGGCCUGCCCAGCAUGAGGACUUGGUCUUCAGGAAGCCAUCAGCCCAGAAAGCAGUCCUCCCGCUCCUGGUCUCUGCUCCCGCCUGUCUCCAGAUCCUCUCAGAGAUACGCGUCUGCUUUAUUUUCCCUUUUCUCUCAGUGGGAAGCUUUAAAAGCCGUGAGACUCUAAGAACAAUUUCUUUUUCAUCCAGUUGGGUAGCAGGAAAAAGCUGUAAAAGCUACAGGCCGGGCCGGCCUGUCCCAGCCCCUCCUUCCUGCGGCUGCUACAGCUCCCUGUAGGUGAGCAGCCACGAGAGACAGCCUCCAAGCCCAGACACAAUCUCCCCUGUGAAGUCACGAAUGUUGGACUCAAAAUCUCACCCCCUCACACUCCACUCUGCCAGCCCAAGCUGGUCAAGACCAGUGAGGCCUGUCCCCACCACGCCUGGCCUGGCUGGGGGGCGCUUGGGGGCAGGUUGUCCAGGUGGAGAGUGGUGAGCAUGAGGUCUCAGUAGCCCCAGGCCCAGGGCUACAGCUGGACUGAGACCCUCUCCUUGCUCUAAGAAGUUGCCACUGAUACUGGCCACAUGAUGGGGUUGGUUCACGUGGACGUAGUGAUUGCUGGGACUUCCACAAGCAAACCGCUGGAGAAGGGAGAGCACGCAUAGUCAGGUGCGGCUCAGAGCGGUGGCUCUGGGACCCUCUGUCCCAGCUCUGAGGGGUGUGCCACCUCCCAGAGUUCAGACGUGUUCCCCACAGUGAGCUGCGGGGCAGUAACUGACCCAGAGCUCCGAGAGCCCGUCUUCACCAUGCCCAGUGGGUGAGUCAGGCCCUGGCUGUAAGCCAGUGACAAAGGCCCGAUUACCCAAACCCUGGGGUUCUGACCCAUUCUGUGCUGUGAACUUGUCCAGUUAGGCUGGGGAGAGGCCAGUGGUUGGGGUGCUGCCAGUUCUGGUAAUUAUAUGAGGUCCACUUGGGAACAGAAUGAGCCGCUUUGCAAGCUUGCUCUUGCCUGGGAGAACAGCUGACAAGAAGGGAAGAUGCACCUGCUGGCCACCCUGCCACACAAGCUCCUUUCUGUGGGACGCCAGGAUGUCUGCAGAGGCCCCAGGGUCAGGUGUUUGUGCCACAUGAUCAUAAAAUGCCAGGUGUUCCCCAGGAUGAAGUUACAGCAUAAGGCCCAGCCCUACCUGCAGCCAGCACCCACUGAGGGGCCUGGUCAUCGGUUCCCAUUUGGGACCGUAGAGAAUUGUGAAAUGGUCUCUGGCUGAGUUGGGCUUGACUGGGUGGUUAUGUAAAGACAAUAAAAUGGAAUUUGCUAGUGAA